UGUCAAUUCUGAACUUGAAUUCUGUCAAACAAAAGUUCUACCAAACUAUCAAACAAAUUCAAAACAAGCGUGUGUUUAGUGUAAACCUGACUCCUGUGUCAUGUUAUUAUUAUAGUAUUAAGAGACAAACACUCAGUAAAAUGAACCAAAAAGCUAUUAUAAAGUUGUGUAAAGAUUUAGGAUGCUGUGACGCGUGCUGUCUUAGGUAUUUAGGACUGAAGAAUCCAACAGCAUAUGAAAAUGUUGAACAAUUUGUACACAAAAUCUGUGAAGAAAGUGGCAGACGGACGCAAGACACGGAGACAAGAGACCCGCCUGCACCGCUGAGUGAACCAAUGGCUGAGCAGAACUCAACAGAUCAAUGUUUGGAGCCACCCACUAAGCGAAUCAAAGUUGGUGGUAUCUGCGUGAGCUGCUUGGGAGUGCUUCAGGAGGAAAACUGGCAACCGUGUUGUGACAUGGUCAAACAAGUGUUAGACAAGAAAGGGUACGAGUGCGAGACAUUCGCGUGCGCGCUGUCCGCGCCCAUCGCCGCGCUCGUACGCGAGCGACUCGUGGCGCUGCAGCUGAAGCACGACUUGCCCGAGUACGACGACUCGUCGGUGACUCCCCUGAAAGAGGCGUGGAAGUGGUCAUUCGGUGUCCGGCUGGCAGAGCACAUCGGCAAGACGCUGGACUCUGGCGCCGUGUCUCCGCUGCUGAUCACACUGCACAUGGAGUAUCCGGACGAACUGCAGGAGCUGGAGGCGCUGAAGGCGCUGGCGCCGGCGCUGUUCGAGGCUCGGCGCGCCGCCGGCCGUCGCUUCGGGGUGGAGUUCACGCGGCGCGCCGCGGAGCAGGCGCUGGCGGGCGCCACGCGCGCGGCGCUGGCGGGCGCCGGCGUGGCGGGCGGGCCGCCGCCGGGGCGCGCGCGCUGCGUCAGCGUGGCGUGUGCGCACGCGCCGCUGUACCUGGCGGGCCGCUACGUGAAGCUGAGCCGCGCGCUCCCGCAGACACCGUGGCUGGUGAACGGGCGCCGCAUGAUGCACUCGUCGGUGCAGGAGAUCAUCUUCGAGCCCAUCGCGGCGUUGUACCGCCUGAGCCCGGAGGCCGCGGAGCACCGGCUGAAGUUCAUGUCGGCGGGCCGUGAGGACGUGGACGUGCGAUGUCUCGGCGACGGCCGGCCCUUCGCAGUCGAGGUUACGGAUCCAACACGGCAGCCGAGCGAGGCGGAGCUGAAGGAACUGUGUGAGCAGAUCUCAGCGGGAGGACAGGUCGUGGUCCGCAGCCUCGUGCCCAUACACAGGGAACAACUAGCGCUGCUCAAGAAGGGCGAGGAGACCAAGUGCAAGACGUACGAAGCGUUGUGCAUCAAACUGUCGCACUCCCGCGACGACCUGGCCGAGGGCGGCGGCGACGUGCGCGUGACGCCGCGCGACAUCGCCGCGCUCAACGCCUACCGCAACACGGCGCCGGGCGACAGCGCGCGCGUGCAGCUGACGCAGCGCACGCCCAUCCGCGUGCUGCACCGCCGGCCGCUGCUGGCGCGCGCGCGCCGCAUCCUGGAGCUGCGCGCCGCCGUGCCCGCGCACCCCGCGCUGCUGGCGCUGCGCCUGCGCACGGAGGCGGGCACCUACGUCAAGGAGUGGGCGCACGGCGAGCUGGGCCGCACGCGGCCGUCGCUGGCGGACGCGCUGGGCGCGCGCGUCGACAUCCUGGCGCUGGACGUGGCCGCCGUGGAGCUGCCGUGGCCGCCCGCCGCGCCCCCCGCGCCCCC